CGGAAGUGUAACAAAAAAUUGAGAGUGAAAACAAAACAAGAAAGCAGGAAGCAAGAAAAUAGAUCUAUUUUCUAGAUCUAGAGAAGUAGAUUCUAGUAGUAAUAAGUAAUGCUACUAAUAUCAUCAUGCGUUAAAAGGUAGUCCUCUGAUAUCUAAGUAUGUUAGCCUUGCGAUUCUCUUGGCUCUGACUUCCUCAGCUAAAUCAGCAUUGAGGAUUUCCUAUGGAAUUCUUCCAUCUGGCACGUGGGUGACAUGUCCAAGCCAAGAGUUUUCUGUGUCAAAAGAGCAUAGAUGCAUUUGAAAACUAAAUAGAUAAUUCCACAUUUUAAAUUGUUCAGUGCAAUAGCAAUGAGUGGACACAUUGAGCCAGUAUCUGAUGAUAAUGAGGGUAUUUAUGAGGUACCCCCACCACCAAGGUCAAGUCAACAGUUACCAGACUCUCCUCCGCCUUUACUGCCCAAGAAAGGCAGUUCCUUCAGGAUUUCUAUGGCAAUGCUGGAUAAGAAAACUCCACCUGAGCAACCUAGGCCAGUUCCAAGAUCGAGAAAUUCAGGGUUGAAAUCGACCCUCACAGAGGCUGACAAAGAGGCCCUCAACAAACUGGGUCUAGAAAUGAAGGAGCAUGUGCAAAAAGUUACCAAUAUUUCUGACACCAAGUUAACUAAUAUUCACAAAGCUCAGAACUCAUCUCUUCCAACCUCACCUCACAGAGUUAUUGCCACAAGUGUAAAACCACUAAACAGUGAUCAUAGUAUACCUCAGUCACCAAACAAGUCUUCUCCAAAUACACAGCGUCCGGUACCCAAGCCGCGGCCAAGAAAGAAUAUUCCUCUUGUCCCAGGAUCCAAGAUCUCUCAUAGUUCUGAAGAUGUGGCUAAUGCAACAGGUCAUGAAGAUGUGGCUAAAAAUGAUACUUGUGCAUCAGAGGCUCUCGGGGAAGAUUAUUACUUUAAUAUGGCUGAUUUUUCCAGUAAUACUUCCAUGGCCUGUGAUGAAUCUGAAUCAAAAGAGUGGAGUCCAAGUUAUAAUCUUCCCCCUGAUCCAGAUAGCCUAGAAAUGAUGUUGAAUGAGGAAAUCGAUAAAAAAUAUGGAUUCACUUCUAUUCUGAAAGAAAAGGCAGUGACCAGUGAUAAUGAUGAAGAUGAUAAUAGAGACAUGUAUGUUCCCCCAGACAUCAUUGGGGAAAUGUCAUUGAUAAACAACUCAUCAUUAAAUUUAUCUGGACAGGACAUGUUAAGUUUGCCACAGCCUUGUAUUGCUAAAUUGUCUAAUUCAUAUAUCGCUAUGCAGGAGAAAACAAAAGGGGAUACCAGUUCAAAAAGUUAUCGAAAUUCACAUACACCUCAAGAAAAGACAAAUUCAGAAAACAAUGACUUACAAUCAAACUAUGCUAAAAGAAACUCUGGCCAAGAGCCUAGCGUUGAUCUUAAGACACCUAAACCUUUUGAUAUUCUUCCAUUUAAACCCACAGUAUCCUUGUCUGGUUCCUCGGCUGGUAAUAAACAUUCUGUCUUUGACUUUUCAGACUUAGAUCCUCUGUUUGAAGUAAAGUCUACUAAAGUUAAGGAGGAGGAGCUUGUUUCUGCACUAAGCAUAGACUUUACAAGUACUGAAGACAGUUGGGCAAAUUUUGAUCAUCUAGAUGAGCCAUGUGAACCACCGAGCUCAAACACAUAUACAUCAGUGGAGGAUGAAACUGAUCAAGCAAGAUAUUAUUCUCAAAUAGACCAAACAAUAUUGGCAAAGCACUCACCCGUUAUAAGCAAUUCAAGACAAUCUUCCAUUCACUUUAAACCUCCAGAAGCUCCUCCACCCCCUUUUCCUAGAGAGCAGAACCGCAUACCUAUUCCAAAAGCACCUCCUGUACCUCCUCGGCCAUUCAAUGUUGGUCUACCUGAGACAGUUCCACAAAACACUCCAGAAAGCACAGAUGUUUUUGAUGUUGCUAUAGCACCUGUCUUUUCACCAAAGGAAGACAUGGACCCUUUCCAGGACACCAAUUUUGACUAUGUUUGCCACAAGUUCAAUACAAACAUCACCACACCCUCUAUUCUGCCCCGCUCACCACUGGUGAACAAUGUUGGAGCAAUGUCUAAAUCAGAUGUGGAUCCUGAGAGAAUUAGUAAAUUUGUGAUCCCACCACCUGGGAGCUUCAUGAAGGAUGAACAAGACUUGAGUAAAGAAUACACCCUAGCUGGUGAGAUCAGUAGCGACAGUGAAGGUUCAGAGGAACAGAUGCCCCCAUGGCAGAACAUCAGACCAGAGGCUCACAUAGCUGAACCCAUGUCGUCAAGGAAAAACUCCAGAGAUGGAUAUUUAUUAAAACAAGGCGGCCACAAUGCCAACAGGGGCUGGAGAAGGCGGUGGGUGGUAUUUAAUGGAGCUAGUCUGAGUUACUACAGUGAUAAUACAAUUUACCCUAAUGUGCUGUCACAGGUCUCUAUUAGAAUCAUUCCUAUCAAAUGCAUGACUGAGGUUGAAGCAGAUAUUAAGCCAACAGAUAAAGAUAAUUUUAGGUUCAAGCUUCAUACAACUCUGAAGAACAGAAUCUUCUUGUUUGCCUCAGAUACAAGAGAUGAUUGCCUGAACUGGGCACUGACUCUUGGUGCUGCCAUUACAGAAUACAAGAAAUUACCUGUAAGAGAAGUCCAGCCUGAAAAACCAGACAAAGAGGGUUUUGUGAGAAUCAACAGCUCCUCCAAAAAGUACUAUGUGUCCAUCACAGGCCCUACAUUACAGUAUUAUCACUCUCUCGAGGACUACCAUAUAGGCUCACCGAUACACCAGAUUGAUAUGAAACUUGCUUCAGUCAAAGUGAAAGAAAGAAAGAAGUGUAAGCUGCAGUUGGCUACACAUUAUCGCUAUUUUGAGUUCACUUUUGAUGAUGACAGUGAAAUGCAGAACUGGUACAUGGCAAUGGAGGAUGCCAUUGCUGAGGGUUUGGCUGAUGAUACUGUCUUAGAAAAAGUGUAUGAUAACUUGAGCAACAAAAACUGUGCUGACUGCGGAGCAGAGAAUCCCCAUUGGGCCUCAAUCAACUUAGGUAUUGUGGUGUGUAAAAACUGUGCUGGUGUACACCGAGCAUUUGACUAUAGGGUGUCAAAGAUCAAGUCACUUAGAAUGGACACAAGGGUGUGGACCCCUAGUCUUAUAGAGCUGAUGGUCACCAUUGGUAAUGCUAACGCCAAUGCAUUCUGGGAGUUUACUCUCCCUCCAGGGAUGAAAGCUCAACCUAAAGACUCAAUGGAGAAAAGAAAAGAAUAUAUCACCAAGAAAUACAUUGGGAAAAAGUUUAGCAAUUUGCAUGAACUCCAUUCUAUGGGGCCACAAGCUCUUGGCAAGGAGCUGGUGAGUGUGGCAGGCUCAGCUGAUGUUCUAGAUCUUAUGAAGAUAUUAUUCUCUGGUGCACAAGUAUUAUAUAGAAUAAAUAAUUGUGGUCAGACAGCCUAUGAGGUUGCAAAGGACAGUGGACAACGUUUAAAUAUGGAACUGCUGUAUCAAAACAGUGGUGAUCCUCAGUCUCAGUUGGAAAGUGUCAGUGAUGAGAAUCGGCUUCGUGAGGAUAUCAGGUUGCAAGGGUAUCUCAAUAAGACUGGGCCAAUGAGAGGAAAAUUUGAAUCAAGAUGGUGUGUUUUAGAACAUGGAUCUUUGACCUAUUAUGCAAAUGAAAAAAGUACAACAUUCAAAGGUACUAUUGACAGGAAAGAAAUGUGUAUGAUACAAUCAGUAGAGAGUGAUAAGAUUGGAUACCACUUUGACUUAAGUACAACUAUGAAAGAAAAUAGAAUUUUUUCAUUUUCAUCUGACUGUAAGGAAGAUGCUGGUGAAUGGAUUCGAACUAUUGCCAAGCUAAUGGCACCUAUAGCUGUGAUGGAACAUGUUGGAAUGAUAGACAUCAAAUUUGCUGGAGCUGCUCACAUGAGAGAAUCUUUAAGUCAGGACUGGCAGCAAACUUUCUUAGUUUUCAGCUGGAGGGGACUUAACUACAUGAACAGAGAUCUGAAAUUUGAUUAUUUGGAUUUAAGAAAAGCCAGUGGAAUCAAGAAGCAAUUAACUGGUGAUGGCUAUCAGAAGCAAGGUCCUUACUUUGUCAUUAGUUCAACAGUGAAGUCAGUGUACAUUCAAGCCACAUUACCAAGAGAUACAGAGCAAAUGUUUUUAGCUCUAAGUCAAGCAAUAUCAGAAAGUGGUAGGACAUUGCAUGACCAACCAUUGACAAGCAAGAGUGUGCCAGUCAUUGUGGAUAAGUGCAUAGCUUACAUCACUACUCAUGGACUAAAAGAAAAGGGUAUUUAUAGGCAAACUGGUCAGUUGAGUCGAGUCCAGACACUGCUUGAUGAGUUUAGGAAAGAUGCUCAUUCUGUAGUUCUGACCAACUACACAGUACAUGAAGUGGCUGGGGCGUUGAAGAAGUUCCUUCGAGAGCUGGAUGACUCUGUGUUUGAGAGAAACAAUUACGGAAACUGGAUUGAAGCUGCUGGCAGCAAAGAUGAGCAACAUCGCAUGGGUUUAUAUAAAUAUUACUUGGGCAGGAUGCCAGAAGUCAACAGGCAAACAUUAAAAGCUGUUAUUCUACAUUUAUUAGACGUUGCACAAAAUGAACAUGAGAAUUCUAUGAGUAUCACAAAUUUGGCCACAUGUUUUGCUCCAUCUCUGUUGAGAACUCAGUUAGAUGAGCUUCAGUUUGCUUCAGAAACAGCAAGUAGAGAAAUCUCUAUUAUUUUGGACAUUUUGAAGAAUCGUGACUUUUUCUUUAAGGUGGAUGAGAAAGAUACAAUAGUAGAAAACAACAUUCGUGAUGCACUUUUAAAAAUGAAGAAAGGAAGUAUUAAGGGCUCUACUGACAAUGUCAAUACUCCUUCUUGCAUGCUGACACCUGUUUUGUUACUGGGUGAGUCUGACCAUUCUGUAAAUAUUUCGGUCACACCAGAAAAAACUGUGCAGGAUGGGCUUAUUGAGGCCUUAGCCAACUUUCGGCGGAACAACAGAAAUCUGGAAAUAAGGAACUACAUUUUAGAGGAGCAACUGUUUGAUGGCAUGCUAGAGAGACCUUUGUUCAAUGAGGAGUUAAUCUCAAAGACUACUGUGAGGUGGCUAGAAUGGAGCAGCUUUUAUGACAGAGGUAUCAACACGCGGUUGUGUCUUAGGAACACUGACAUUAUGGAAAACCUCAAAAAAAGUGCACUUCAUAGUUUCCUUUCUAAUGUCAAACUGAAUUACAAAGAUCCUAGUAGCAAAAAGUUUUCCAAGAAGACAGUUGGAUUCAGGCAGCUUAAGCUGGUUCUUUUCAAAAGUUCUGAGGCCAAGGAUGAGAGUGUAUCAUGGAAUGCAGAAGAUAUAACAGUUUAUAUUGGCACCAUGCUGAAAAAAAAUCUACCUUCUGGCUGCAAGUUUUUCCUGACCUUCAUUGUGAAUGGUGAAGAUAUUUCCAACAAUAAGGAUAAAGAGAGAUCAUUUGGUCAUUGUUUUGGCUUUGAAACAGAGACUGAGAUGAUGAAAUGGUCUGCAGCUAUUUACUCUGCACAACAUCCAGCAAGUUUCUGAAGUUUCUUUUGAUUCUGCUUGGGCUCAGCAGAAAGAUUCAAGGCUUAAUUGAAGACUACAUGAUCUGUGGGCUAGCUCACAACUGAGUUUAUCAACGUCAUUGAAGAUUAAAACAAAACAAAAGCAUCAAUUCAAGAGUGACAUAAUUAAAAAUACAAACUUGAAGCACAGCUGUUACUUGUGUACAGACACAUUUUAUCUUCUUCAUGACUGAUGUACCAACUGCCGCCUCCAUUCAUCCUCAAAUGCUGAUGAUGCCUUUUCUUCUUCUAGAAAGCCUUAGUCAUAUAUUUACAGGACAGUGCAAAACUUAUAUCUAAAUUAAGUACAGUGCCUGAUGUCAGUGGCUCGCAAAGUAAAUCAAAUGAAUUGAAUUACAAUGAAGUUCUAUUCUCCCAUGAGAAUGUUUGAUUUUCUGUGUUGAAUUUGCAAACUUUAUUUUUACUAUUGUAAUCUAUUCACAAACAGGGUCUGCAAGAUCAAACUUAAUUUUGUUAAAUCUAGCACAUCAAGUUGCUAUUUGUCUGCUCGAGAUGUAGGUGAAAUACUGCACUCAUCCUUAAUCUUCAGAAUGGAAGACAUGGCCAUUAAACAUGAAAAACUCAUACAUUUUAGACAAAUAGAGGGACAGCAAAAUGUCUUCUACUCUUUCUUCACAUCAUUCUCUUGUUUCAAAGUUAAUGUUGAACAAAAACUGUAUGUGCCUUAGCUUUGUUGCUCCUUUCAUUUUUAGUAGAGAAAACAUUCCACACCUUUGAUUUCUACAUGUUCCACUUAUUACAUCCGAUUGGUUUCUAUCUGGUCCUAGCCUCUGUCACAUUCCAGAUCCACAGAAGCCUUUGACUUCUUCAAAACAAGAAACCUGUUAUUGUUGUGCUGUUACUUACAUAAAAAAAAAAAUCAGUGUUCAGUUUACAACUCUGACAGAAUGAAAUAUCUCCUUUUUUUGGGUCAAUGUAUUAUGUUUGCCAGGUUUCAUGAUUUUGUGCAAUACAAACUUUUUAAACAUUUUUGCAUCUGUCAAGAAUUUGUUUUACAUCAAGCUCUUGGAUUAUUUCAUGUAUGGUACCCCAGAUGAAGAGAAUUCACACUUUUAUUAGCUCUGUUUUGUCUAAGAGAAUAUAUUUAUUGAGAUAUGUAGUGUAAGUAUGAUUAUGAUUGUAUGGUCUUAGUAUUGUGUGUAAAUAUUUUAUGUACCAACAACAAAAGUACCAAUAUUUUGUUAGUCAUAUAUUUAAAUAUCUCAUUUGUGCAUAAUGUCUAUUUCCAACUCUUUUUGUAUCUCGGCUAACAGAUCGCCUUAAGAUUCAAUUCUUUCAAGUCAAAUAAUUUAAUGUUUAAAUUAUUCUUUCUACAGAGUUUAUUUUUUGUAUUAUGGACCAGAUGUUCCAACAUUAUGCAUGUAUAGGAUGUAUAAUGUUGACUUAUUUUAGUUUUGAAUGAAUGAAUAUUUGUUUAUUGUGUAUGACCAGAUUCUUAUUAUUGUGGUUUUUAUUUUUCCUAGAUAAAGUUUUUUUUCUUGGACGUUUUGGGUAACCGUAAUUUACUAAUAGAAUAGUCAUUAUUAUUGUUAAUGGGUUGUUUUUUUUAUUAAGAUAAAUGUAAAAAUUGUUGUUGCUUUUUUUUUUUUUUUUUGGUCUCUUCUAGGAAUUUUUUUUUUUUAAUUUAUAUGCAUUAUUUUCUUAUUAUGAUCUUUCUCUGUACUUUAUGGUCAUGGAAAUUGAAUUUUUAAAAUCUGAAUCAUAAUUAGAUGAUUGGUUGUACAGAAUUCAGAAAGAUGUCUUGGUAUUCGAUGCUUGUAAAGUAGCUUCUUUGUUAUACUGGUUGAAAAAUUAUAUUUUGAACUAUUGUGUUCUUAAAUAUGAGUAUUUUUAUUCGCUUCAAAAUUUCUUUACAACUAGAUAAUAGUGGAUAACUUCUUGUCUGAAUUUUCAUUGAUGUUAAACUAAUGAGAAGACAAAGUGGAAUGCAAACUAAAUAUCCACAUUGAAUAAAUCUUAUAUACAGGGUCUAUGUGAAAUGUUUUUAUCAAGAAAAAUGUUUUGUAAAAUGUUUGACAUGUUUCGGAUGUUCCUUUAGAGUUGAAUAUAAUUUACUUCCUAGUCCAAACCUCCCUCAGGACAACUGUGGAUGGCAGCGUGCAGGGUAUUAACCUGGGACCAUUGUCCAGUCCUAACAAUAGUUCACUGCACAUACCUAAGACCAGGCAGCCACCCAAGAAAUAAUAAAGAGCUGCUUAAACUCUAUACAUUAGGAAUAUAGAAUCUUAGAAUUCACUUUUCUAAUUCUUUGUUAGUCCAUUUCUAGCAAUGUCAAAAUCUUCCCUUGACACAGUGUUUGCAAUACAACCUUUUAAGGCUCAUGAAAUGUAGAUUUGUUUGGAAAUUUUUCGAAAAUUGUAGGUUUAUAUUUUUCUUAGAAGGAUUUUAUAAUUCUGUUUAACUUAAGAAACUAUUGUUGUUUGCUUAUUAGUGGAUAUUUUUUUAUUUGGGUUUCCAGUGUUAUUAAGAUUUUACUUAAAAAGCCAAAUAGAUGAUGAUCAAAUGUGAACAUAAAUCUCUUUACAAGACAUCCAGGAGGUCACAAAAAUUGUUUGUUUUCUUUUCUUCAAAUGCUAUGUCCAUGUGCUAUGCACUGUACAAUUAAUUGGCAGCAUGCUCUGAAUCAAUGCCAUGUCCAUGAGAUAUGCACUGUGCAACCAAGUGGCAGCAUUGUUUUGAUUGUCAGUAAGCUAUGUUUUUACACCUUGGCUUGUCACAAAGAUUUUGUCACUUUUUAUUUUGAUAAGAACUGCUGAAAUGUUGUGUAUUUUGUUUGGAUGAUAACUAUAUUAAAACAACAUAUAGAUUUUUAUAUUUAUAUAUAUAUACUAUGUAUUAAAAAAAAAAUGUUUAAUGUGAUUACUUUGAUUUUAAGAUUGAGAUGAUUAUCUCCCUUGAAUUAAAAAAAAAAAAAUGAUCCAUGUCCCUUAAAGUUUUUUUUAACAAAAUGUACAAACUGAGUUAUACAGAUGACCUUCCAUAUAAAAUUUUUAAUGUUUCUUGGUUUUCAUCUAUUCUUAUCCUAAUUAGUAUCCCACUAGCCUUUUAAGUCAAUCAAUCUUUAUCAGUGUUAAGUUUGAAAACAACUUCUAACAGCUUUUAUUUUUAAUCGUUUGGAAUCUUUAAAUUUCUAAAGCUGUUUUUUUUUUUUUUUUUUUCAAUUUAUAAACACACACGCACUCUAUCCUAGAUAUAAAGUACAAAUAGUGAUGAUUUGUUUUUAAAAUUGUGUGUGUGUAUCUUUAUUUGUAUGUUUAGUUGUGGUGUAAUUACCUAUCUCUUUUGCAGCUAUCGUAACUUGAAUUGAAUUUCAACUAUUUAUUUCAUUGCUGACAAUUAUGUCUCUCCAUGAUUUUAAAUGAGGCAAAUACUAGUUGCUGCCUGAAAGAGAACUCUCUCUGUAAGUGCAUGUUAAAUAUAAUGUGACAGUUCACGUUUUUUUGUUGUUUUUUUCAAAAGGUUUAAGAUUUAAGUUUAUAACAUUGAGAUGUUCCUUCAACAGAGAAAAUAAAUUAAAUCCUGUGUGUGUGUGUAAGUGUUAAUCUAGUUAUGCAUGCUAGAGAUAUCAACUCUGCGCAAGUCACUGGUUUUCAAAUUCAGGCUCUAAGUAGGACACAUUUUUCCUAUAAAAUAGAAUAAUAAUAAUAAUCUUUAUUACCCAUAAUGAAAUUUGUCUUGCUAUGUGUGCAUGACCCAAAAAUGUGCCCCCCCCUCUACUUACUUCUGUUUGUUUCUUCCCUACUCCUGACUCAGCCUCUACUAAUAGGAUGAGAAAGAAGAUCUCACUCUGUAUGGACUAUACACCCUGCAAGUUACUACCUUUUAUUACCAUACAAGUUGGACAAGUACAAUUCUAUAUAUUAUAGACCUUCAUAGGUUUUUCUUUUCUCACUUCCCCGUUGGUAUCUGGUCAACAAGCUAGUGAUAAAUAUAUAUAUUUUUUUUUAUUUCUUGAGUCUGUCUCUUUAUUUGCAUCAUUUAAUUAUGUAAAUGUGUACAUUGAACAAUGAAGACCAGUAAUCUUUGAUUUUUUGUCAUUAUCUAUUUUAUGGGAAAUGUCUGUUUUCUUGUCUUGGGGGAGGGGGGUAUUGACUGUCGAAUAUACUGAUUGAUUGUAUGAAUUCGGGAUUCCAUUAGAAUAGGACUAUCAACUUUUGAGAUAAAAUAGAUUAACAGGUUAGUUUGUCACAUAUCAAUAAAAAAUUAUUUGACUAAUCAAUGAUUAUUGACAAAUUCAUUUUUACAGCCUACAUUUGUAUAAAAACUUGUUUAGUUUCUUAAUAAACUUGAUAUUUCACUUUA